AUGUCUUUGAGGGCUCCCCAACCCGGGCAUCUUUGCCGACAGCAGCCAACGGCCGGCUCCUUGCAGGCGGGCACUGUGGAGCCCCUGCUGCCCACUGACCAGUUCCUGAACCUGAAGGCGGGCACUAGCCUCUGCACCUUCACCGUGGCCCCGAGGCUGCGCGUGGACACGGAGCUCUGCACAGUCUCCACACGCGUUCAUACCGGCACCAUCGUGAACGGGGCCUUGGACGUGCAAAGCACCCUGACGGGUGGCUCCGCCGAGCUCUCCACGGAGCUGCGCAUCCUCAGGGCGCGGCCCGCGGACGACUACCUCACCAUCACAGGCGGCGCGCAGGGCACCUACCUGAACAGCGUGCUGUGGACCGCCAGCGCCAUCCGCGCCGACAACGGCAUCGUGAGCGCUCCAGCGUACCUGCAGCUGAUCGGCGGCUCCACGGGCGUGCAGGCGCAGGGGGACCUCGCCCGCGGGCAACGUGCGGCUGCGCGUGGCCUGCGGCUCCGCGAGGGCCUGCUGACGGCCUCCUCCGCGGGCGGCGUGGAGCUCUUCGCGCCGAACCAGGCCAUCUUCCUGCGCACCUCCUCGGCCAACGACGGCGAGGUGAUCGUAAAUUUCGGGUUCCAGAACCUGUCGGACCCGAAGCUCAAGAAGGACGUGGAGCCGGCGGGGCUCGAGGAGCUGCAGGAGGUCUUCGACGCGGUGACGCGGCAGUGGUACCGGCGCACGGAGGGCAACCAAAAGCGCACGCUGGGCUUCAUCGUGCAGGACGCUGGCCUGCGUGCUCUGGGGCGUGUGCAAAAAGCUGCAGGCGCGGAGGAUGGGGCGAUCGCGCUCUUCCGCGAUCUGGCAGACCGCUUCAACGUGCGGGACCCCCGGAAGCUCCACCAGAUAGCCCGGCGCGAUCACCCAGAGCGGCGCGACCUCACGGCAGCGCGGGCUCGAGUGGCGCUGCAGGGUGACGUGGCCCGGCAGGCGCUGGCCCCGAAGCCCCGGUCUCUGGGCAAGAGCGCGGCCGAGGGGCCCAACGACCGGCUGCAGGCAGACCUGGUGGAUUUCUCACAGAACACACGUGGGCGGAACAAGUACGGGCUCGUCGUCACGGACGUGUUUACAAGGGAGGUGGCCACCAAGGCGCUGCCCGACAAGCGGGCGGAGACGGUGACGCAAGCAGCCGCGGAGAUCAUCCCAGACCUCGUGCAGCAGGAGGGCAACUAUGUCGUGACGACGGAUCAAGGCAACGAGACCCGAGCGAUCGCAAUGCGACGGCAGUCAUCGACCGGGCCCAUACAGACCCUCAAGAAAGAUCUGGCAGGCAAGGUGGCUCGGGACGGCGGCGGCUGGGGCGAGCACGUCGAGAACGUGACGCAGGCCUACAAUGCCCGGCCCCACGAGACCGUGCACGCUGCUCCCGAGGACGUGGAGCAGCAGCCGGCGACGCAGUUCCGCGUGCUUCAGGACAACGCCACGAAGUUCCAGCACAACAAGAAGCUCACAACAAACCGCCAGCGACGGCAGGAGGCCGCAGGGGCCUUCCGGGCACCGACAAACGCGGCAAGGAGCUUCCAGCCUCAAUACGGGCCCGCCAGAGACCUGGCCUCCUACGACUCGAUGACCGUUCGAGCCACGGACGGUUCAGAAAGUUUGCUGAAGCACGCAUUGCCCGUGUUCCGAGGCAGCGCCGAGCCUAAGGCCCGACUCACGAGGCCGCCCGUGCCUCUGGCCGUGCGGCAGCUUCGAGACUUCAACCCCGGCCCAGCGGUGAUGCACUCGCCGUCCGAAGACAACGUGGUUCGCAUGCUCGACCUGUGGUCGCCGGAAUGGAAGCAUCGCGGCCGCCAACGAGCCAUCGGCUCCGGAUCGUAUGAACAAUACUGCACCCUCGGUCUCUUCGCCUUUGGAGGCAAUGAACCAGGCCUCUCGAAAGCUUCCGUGAACAAAGAAGCUUGCGUGGCUCUCAACCACUUCCUUCGAACCCGCUUUCCCAGCGCCACCUGGACUUCCAUCGCAGUGGUGCUGAAUCCCCACAUUGGCUUACAUCGAGACAUCCUCAACAUGAUUGGCACACCGAAUCACGCAAUCGCUCUUGGAUGCUUCACAGGAGGAAGAAUCUGGGUUGAAGACGACGAAGGCACAUCGCCAGAGGUGCGAGUCAUGAAACACAAAACUCAUCAGCUCUGGGGCUCGUGGAUCGACAUGCAUGACAAGCCAGUGUCUUUCAACGCCCGUCGCUUUCACAAGGUCGAGCCACACGAAGGCCGCAUGUGGGCGCUUGCAGCAUAUACCCCGCGAGCGUUCAAGCGAUGUUCGCAGGAAACCAUUGACGCAGCAGUCUCGCUGGGCUUUCCCAUUGAUGAUGC